GUUGCUGUGUUGUUGAAGUCUGUAUCUCGUUCACCCAGUCUUCCAAACCACGUGCUCCAUGCUUUGAGACUAGGAGGACCUUGGAAUUCUGAAAUGAAGAUGGAGGCAGUGGGAAAAGCGGAAGAACUUGUUGAUUUGGAAGUUCCACCAAAGACUUCUGAAAAGCAAGAGACUGCUCCUGACGAAGACGGAGCUCUAGAACUGGAGACACAACCUCAGAAAGACAAUGUGCCCACUGCAGCAGACUCUGUGGUGCUCUCUUCGAUGCCUUGCUUACUGAUGGAACUGAGGCGAGAUUCCUCGGAGUCUCAGCUAGCAUCUACAGAGAGUGAUAAGCCAACGGGUGGUCGAGUUUACGAGAGUGACUCUUCUAAUCAUUGUAUGCUUUCCCCUUCUUCCAGUGGGCAUUUGGCUGACUCAGAUACGUUGUCUUCCACCGAAGAGAAUGAGCCCUGUCAAGCCGAAGCUGCUGUUGAGGGAGAUCCUUCUGCGGUGUCUGGGGCUGCAGUUGGGAGGAAAUCCAGGAGAUCCAGGUCCGAAAGUGAAACUUCAACAAUGGCUGCCAAGAAAAACCGACAGUCUAGUGAUAAGCAGAAUGGUCGAGUUACCAAGGUAAAAGGUCAUCGAAGCCAAAAGCACAAAGAAAGAAUUCGGCUGUUAAGACAGAAACGAGAGGCAGCUGCUCGCAAGAAGUACAACCUGCUGCAGGACAGCAGUACCAGCGAUAGUGACCUGACGUGUGACUCGAGCACGAGUUCAUCAUCUGAUGAUGAAGAGGUUUCAGGGAGCAGCAAGACAAUCACUGCAGAGAUACCAGGUAGAGGAUGUUUUUUAAACUGAACUGUAAAGCAUCUGACAUCGUUUCUCAGCUGUCAUGCUAAAGUAGAUGAGUGACACUUGAGAAAAACCAGGAGAACUGCAGCUCUGUGUAAAUUUGAAGACUGCAGUAUAUUAACAAGACACGGGCAGAUGUUAAAAUCUGUUCUGGGGUUUCAGUGCACUUUUGCACACCAACAAGGCAUAGAAGUGGUAAAUUGGAGGAAGGACUUAUCUUCGAAUUCUGUAAUUUUCAGGUCUUUUCCUUGAGCUACUAAGAGUGCUGUUAGAUCCCAUUAGAUGGUGAUAAUCUAAUAAAUACAUUCUUAAGAUAAGUGGCCAGCUUUGCUUUAAUAUAUUAAGACCACAGCUCAGCAGCUGUGUUAGACAUAACACGGUACACCACUUGCCCGUGUUACAGUAAGGCUUUGUUCACUAUUCCACUUAUGCCGUGCUUUCAGCUCUACAUGCGUGACAAACCUACUUAGCCUUAUUGUAAAUUCUUCCAGAUUGCAGCUGGUC